AUGUUUUCUGCGGCUGUCAGAGGAUUCAGAAGCUCAUCUAUCUUACUAUCGAAAAAAGAUUUUUAUAAGAUUUUAGGUGUACCUCGUAAAGCCACCCAAGCACAAAUAAAGCAAGCUUAUUUUAGCCUUGCUAAAAAGCAGCACCCAGAUAUAAAUAAAUCCCAUGGCUCGCAUUCUAAAUUUUCAGAUAUAAACAACGCAUAUGAAACUCUAGGCGACAGAAAAAAAAGAAGAGAUUAUGACAAUGGUCAAACUGAAGAACCAAAAGUUUACCAAGAAAAAAAGAAAAGAAAGAAUUCUCAAAAAUAUCAAGAUUCUUUUGAAGAUGAUUUAUUUUAUGAUUUCAACCCCGGCUAUAUGAAUGAUGUAUUUAUUGAUAUUGAUGAAUUCGAUUUUGAAGAAAUUUUUACCUUUGAUAAAAAAAGAAAAUCAAAUAUCAAAAAAAAAGGAGACGAUAUAUGGAUUGAUCUUGAUAUUAGCUUCUUAGAUGCUGUACAUGGAACUGAUAAAGUAAUUAAAAUCCAAAGGCAAAGUGUUUGCAAUAAAUGCCAAGGCGGAAGGAUUGCUGAAGAGAGGGGAAUUUUUGAAUGUUAUGAAUGUAUGGGGUUAGGAGUGAUUCAUUAUCAGAAUGGAAUGAACCUAUUCGAGCAGGAGUGUCCAAAAUGCAAUGGGACUGGACAAUAUGUUAACUCCCCCCCUCCAUGAGUGAAUAAAAAUUUUUUUCACUCACGGAGAUGGUUAAUUUUUUUUUUUUAAAAAAAUUUAUAUAUAAAUUUAAAUAGAAAAUUUUUUUUAGAAAUUUAAAAAAAUCCGAAUUCGCAAAUAUUAAUUUAAUUUAUAAAAUUUAUGUUUUAAAACGCAAUUUGUUUAAAAUUAAACAGAAUUAGCUCUAGAUUUCAUUAUACUAAUUAUAACUUAUAUAUCAAUUUUUUUUUUCCAUAAAAAAUUUUUCUAUUAAAAAGAUUUUGUUCACUCAUGGAGGGUGGGUUUUUGAGCAAAAAAUAGGGAUUUUUCUAAUGGUUUUGUUCACUUACGGAGGGGGGAGCAAGAAUAAAUGUAAAUCAUGCAAUGGGAAGCGGGUUAAUCAAACACAGAGUAUUGAUAAAAUAUCGAUACCAAAAGGAGUAGGAACAGGGCAGACUAUUAAGAUACCUAAAAAAGGGAAUUUCAAUAGUUAUGGGAACAAUCCAGGUGAUUUGUUUGUGAGGCUUACUGUGGGGAGUCAUCCAACAUUUAAAAGAUCUGGAUAUGAUAUUAUUUCUGAUGUUGAUAUCACAAUAUCUCAAGCAGUUUUAGGAUCUAUAAUAGAAGUCGACACAUUGUAUGGAAAAUUAAAUGUAGAAGUUGCCAAAGGAACGAAUACUGGUGACAGGUCACAAAUUUUGAACUACGGUAUAUCACAUAUGUAUCCUUCUGCAAAAAACCAGCGAGGGAGCCAUUAUGUGAAGUUUAAUGUGGUUGUUCCAAAAAUAUAGAAAUUGCCCGAGGAUGGCGCUAUUUUGCGCCAUCCUCGGGCAAUUCAAAAAACCGGCUCCACACGGGAAUUGAACCCAUGUGUGGGGCCAUUUUUGGUAUGUGUAAAACAUCGACUUACACGCACCAAAAAUGGCCCCACACGUGGGUUCGAUUCCCGUGUGGGGCCAUUUUUUGAAUUGCCUGAGGAUGGCGCAAGAUAGCGCCAUCCUCGGGAAAUUUUCUAUAUGCACACCAGCACAAAAAGAAAUAUUUAAGAAGCUUUCUGAUUUGAAGCUAUAG